AUGGUUGCCGUCUACGGGAUAUGGCAACACACUAACUCCCUCAAACAAAAUAAGGCAUGGAUCUUUCCGUUGGGAUAUAUCGCCAUCUUCGCCUUAUCACUUCUGUGGCAAUCGCUCCGUAUCAUUUACCGUAACACAGGUCCCGGAAAACAGCGCACCAAGCUUGUCAUGCAUUCGCAUCCAGGCAGAGUUGCGUGUCUGACUGUCUUGGUUCCUCGUCCCUGGGCUGUAUCUUCCGGGGAACGUGUUACCUUGACCAUCCCGGGCCUUGGUCUAUUCUAUCUGUUCCAAUCACACCCGUUUGCCAUAAGCUGGUGGGAGGAUGGCGACACAGGCAAGGCGGUCUCGAUUUCACUCCUUCUCCGACCACGCUCCGGCUUCACCAAAAGAAUAUUUGACCGCCUGGAGUCGGGCCGGGUGUACACGGCGUGGAUUGAUGGCCCAUUUGGUCCAAGCACCGUCGGUGCAUGCGCCUUCUCCUCGCGAUUAGGUGAUUACGGGCAUAUCUUCAUGGUGGCCACGGGGAUCGGAAUUGCAGCUCAGCUACCGUACGUGAAAGAGUUGUUAAACAGGCAUCGACAGGCGCGGGUUCGAACCCAGCGCAUCUCCCUUGUUUGGCAACUGGACCAGCAAGACGACUGGGAAUCUGCUCGUGACUGGUUGCAGGCACUCGUGAAGCAAGACGCAGGAUAUCUUCUACGAGUGAAAGUAUACGAUGCUCAACAAUCGGCCUCAACCGUGGAUCCGCAGCUCUUUGGCAGCCAUGAACUGAUUGAGACGCAUGGAGGCGUCGCCAACUGGGAGGAGGAGCUGAGGAUUGAAGUAGACCAACAGAAAGGUCAAAUGCUGGUUACAGAGGAAGCCACUGGCUGCCCAAUCAAGCCAUCCGCAGUGCGUUUGAAGGCCACCGAGGAGCUCAAUUACAUAUGGAAGAUCGACGACCCCGCUAUCAAGCCGCUGUUUGACAAGCACCUGAGCAAGCACUCAACCGGGGCUUAUAUUCAACUAUGCCAGGAAGUUGGCAAUUCCUUCCACGCUCUUAGCUGCGACAGUUUGCAAUCGCAACUGUCGAAAGAGUCCUUGGCCGACCAACUCGAUCAGGCUGUUGGAGAAAAGACGGAACUAGAGGCGAGACUAGAAACAGUCGAAAAGCACCUUAUCACUCUGCAGCAGUCCAAAAUAGAGCUGGAAGGAGAGGUACGGAAUCAAAAAUCCAUUAAUCAAAUGGCAGUACAGGAAACCCAGCAUUGGAUGUCAAUGGCAGAAUACUAUCAUUAUGAGUCUUUACGUUACUCCGAAGCUCUCGAGCAGAUCUUGUCAUUUGCGCAGAGCGUUAGAUCGGAUCUCAAAACUGUUUCCUAA